GGCUCCGAGCUGGGUCCACCUCGUCCCCGGAGCCCCGGCCGCGGUGCUGCAGCUGCCCCUGCGCUCUGCCUUGCCUUGCCUUCUCCGCCCCGCUUCCUCCCCUCCCCAUCUCCCGCUCCCCUCCUCUCCUUCCUCCCCCUCCGGCUUUCCCCUCCCCCUCGCAGUUCUGCAGCAGUCGGGGCUGAAGCACACGCCGGCUUUGCGGGCUCCCGGGGCUGAGGAUGCGCUCGGGCUUUUGUUCCCAUUGCGCCAGGCACAGGGGCAGCUCGAGUUCUGACUCCUGCCGAAGCUUCUCCCUGUUCCCCCGCGCCGCAUCCUCUGCCCAGAUGUUUAGCCAGCCAGGGUGUUAGUGUUAACCAGCUCUGGUGCCUGUGUGUGAACUUGCUGGCAUGGCUGCUGCUGGGACCCAGGGCAGCAGCAGCAGCAGAAAGGAGGCUGUCGAUUGAGCUGGAUUUAAAGGGGAAUUGUGCUGCAGACAAUGCUCAGCAGCAGCAUCUGGAGCAGCCCUGGGGACCCAGCUACACAUUGCUACACACACAGCCGGGCACAAUGACAGCAGCUGCCUGGAGUAGCUGCAGGCAGCAGGCGGGAGCAUGAAGUGAAGGGAUCACUGCAGUGCUCAAGAUGAACUCCACCUUGGUUGGCAACCAGAGCGGGCAGCCAUUCUGCCUCCUGGCCAUUAGCUACUUGGAGACCGUCAAUUUUUGCCUCCUAGAAGUGAUUAUAAUAGUGUUUCUCACCGUGCUGAUCAUUUCAGGCAAUAUUAUAGUGAUAUUUGUCUUUCACUGUGCACCUUUACUGAACCAUCACACCACCAGCUACUUCAUCCAGACGAUGGCAUAUGCUGACCUCCUGGUGGGUGUGAGCUGUCUGGUGCCUUCUUUGUCCUUACUCCACUAUCCCAUUGUUUUGAGAGAGUCCUUGGUCUGCCAGGUCUUUGGUUAUGUGGUAUCCGUGCUCAAGAGCGUCUCCAUGGCCUCACUGGCUUGCAUUAGCAUUGAUAGAUACCUUGCCAUCACCAAACCACUGACCUACAAUACUCUGGUCACCCCUUGGAGACUCCGCAUCUGCAUCCUGAUUAUUUGGUUGUACUCCUGUGUAGUCUUCUUACCUACCUUCUUUCACUGGGGAAAGCCUGGAUAUCAUGGGGAUGUGUUUCAGUGGUGCGCCAACUCCUGGUACACUGAUCGCUAUUUCACUGUCUUCAUCGUGAUGAUGCUCUAUGCUCCUGCUGCUUUCAUUGUCUGCUUCACAUACUUCAAUAUCUUCCGCAUCUGCCAGCAGCACACCAAGGAAAUCAAUGAAAGGCGAGUGCGCUUCAGCUCCCAGGAUGGGGAGGCUGGGGAGGCACAGCACUGCCCUGAUAAGCGCUAUGCCAUGGUUCUCUUCCGCAUCACCAGUGUCUUCUACAUCCUCUGGUUGCCCUACAUCAUCUAUUUUUUGCUGGAGAGCUCUGCUGUCUAUAGAAACCACACUGCAUCCUUUUUGACCACUUGGCUUGCCAUUAGCAACAGUUUCUGCAACUGUGUCAUUUACAGUCUCUCCAACAGUGUUUUUCAGAAGGGGCUCAAACGCCUCUCAGGGGUUGUUUGUACCUCCUGUGCAAGACAGAGGGUAGCUAAGGACUCCUCAACCUCUAGGAGCAAAAGACCUUCCAAUGGAUUCCAUGUCUAAGGAGCAGAUCGCUGUGACUGAGAAAUGCAGGCAGUUAUGUAAAUUGCCAAAUAAGUUAAAUACUGUUUUAAGAUGUCCAGGUUAGAAAAAGGGUUUCUGAGAAAUGCUGCUGACAAAAAAUCAGGAGCAUGUAUUAUUGUUUUCACUUUAAAUUUCAUCAUGGCGUUAGGGUCCGUGACGUGUGACCUCCAUGCUCAUUUUAAGAAUAAAGCUGUAUCCUGACACUUUUUCCGGCAUGACUGAAUGUAGUGCGGGUGUGAGCUUCAGCAAAAAUGUUUUUUUGUUUUGUUCUUGCAGCUUUACGAGGCUGUUUCAAGAUUUAUGCGUCACAUGGAAAUGAUUUCUCUCAAGUGGAAGUGUUAUAGUGUAAUGGUAUAUUACAGGGAUUUUUUUGUGUAUGCCAAAGCAUAUUAACUCUGUGUGUUCUUACACUGCAAUAUAAGGGGCCAAAUGGUUUGUCUUUCAGCUCUAGUAGACAGAGCUCUAGAAUAUAGUGAAUAAUGUGAAUACUUUAACAUUAACUUAAACUUGUAAUGAGGCAUGAAUUCAGCAAUGUGAUCAAAACAGUGAGACACUUUUGAAAACUGAUCUGGUCUCUGUGCCCCAUUUUACUAGUAGAAUACUUGUAUGUGAUUGGAGUACAGUAUUGGCAUUUUUCUUUUUGUUUGUGUAGUAACCAGAACAACUUGGAUCAGACCAAAUUUAGUGGUUUAAUAAAACAUUUUUUAUAAGCUCAGAAAAAAUAGUUGCUGGUUUAUGACCUCCAAAUCGUGGCAGUGGUUUGAGGAUGAUGCCUAAUUGUGAAAAUUAUUCUCAAAACACUAGAGAAAAGCCACUUCUGUUUAGAAAUUACUCAAGAACAACUAAAAAAAUCUGACCUGUUUUUAUCUGAAUUGUUCUGAUAUUUUACAUACUGGAAUUUAAGGGGGAAAAGAGAGAGAAUUUGUUGUCUAACCAGCUAAGGAAACUAUGUUAUAAAUUUAACUACAGCAUUUGAGUUAUAGAUAACUGAACACACAGCUAAAUCAGGCAUUUCUCUUUAAUCCCAUGAAGCCUAAAGAAGGUUUGAAUAUAGCAGGAGCUAAUUCCUUUUGGCCAGCAUCCGUCCUAAACUGAUCAAACAAAGUGCACUAUCUGAAAAACAAAGUUUCAGUGACUACAACUUCUUAGGGCUGAUUUAGAAUGGAGGCUUUUUGUGUGCUGUAAUGUCAUCAGGAAUGCACUGUGGCCCUCAACUUAAUUCAUUCUCUUUAAAAAUGCCAUUAACUCUUUAUUGAUGCAUGGUGUGCUAUUUUAGUCGCUAAAGUAUCUGCAAAGUAUAAAUUCUUAACAGUAAUGGAUUAUAUUUUUCCAUCUCAGUGUCCUCAAUACAGGGAUGUUUUUUCCCCCCUAAUAUAAUACGUACCACAACCUGUCUACAGCUCACUGUUUUGAGCAUGCACCCAAUCUCUGUGUGCAAUAGGAGUGGGUUCUGGGGAAUUCUUUGAGCUCUCCACAUGUGUAGGAGUUGCAGUCAGGGUGUGCUCUCAGUGCACAGAGGGACUGAAGGAAUCCUAAGACCUGGAGAAGUCUCUCCAGCUCAAGGGAGAAAUCACAGUUUGUGUUAUAAAAUAUGUUUAAAUCAGAUCUUGGUUUUCUACCAUAGUAUGUCAUCCAUGACGAAAAUUUAUAAAGAUAACUUCCUUCUGUAGAUCCUCCAAAAUGUAAGAACAAAGGCUGUUGAUACCCUGUUGCCUUCGUGGCCACUUUAUUAAUAAUUAUUUGCAUUGUGGCACACCUAGAGACCCAGGGCCCCUUUUGCUUGGCACUGUGCAAAUAUAAAACUGAGACAGUCCCUACCUCUAAAGAACAUGAUAUCUAAAUUUAAGGCUAAAGACAACAGGUGGAUAUGACUGACAGCAGUGGGGAGCUGAGGGUAACAGUGAGACAGUUAUGAAAGAUGUAAUAAGCAAGGGUUGCACCAGCUGGCUCAUCAGUCUCAAGUGUUUUGUAAGCAUUAUAGCAUAGGUGGUUUUUAAGGAGAGAUUUAAAGCUUGAAGUCACUCAUAUUUAGCAUUUAUGCUCAGUAUUAUUGAAAUACCGCUUCAUGCAAAACACCCCUGUUUUCCUAUGGUUCUAAGCUGUAGUUAAAGUUCAAAGUGUUUGAGCAGAUAUAAUCUAAGCAUUAAAAUAGCAUUUAAUAUCAAGAUGAUUUAUGUCAGGUUUAUCCACUGGGUCCUAAAAUCCAUCACAGUAAGGUUUUAGGCGUAAGUGGAGGUCUGAGGGCAAAUAUUGCUGCAUCUUUCAGUUUGUGCACCAGGAAGAAGCAGUUGAAUGUGACUUAGUGUACAAUAUAUUUGGGAAUACGUGAAUUUAGCAAAAGUGGGGAGCCUAAAUGCUGACAUUAGUAUUUAGCUUAUGUUGGAGCAGAUGCCAGCUUUACCCAACUGGCCCCAGAGCUGUAUUCAAAAUAAAACAGUUUACAGCUGCGGAUAUUUUUAAAACUUGACUUGGGAACAGCUGAACAAGUCAACAUUAUUCUGAUGGCUAGAAGGAAGGUAGCGCAGCUGUGUCUUACAGCUGUGAGAUUCACUUACAAAGUGUUUAUUAAAAACUAGGCUUUUGCUCCCUCUCAAUUGCCAUAUUCAAAUACACCAUCAGUUUCAUUUUAUCUCAAAAUCUUCGUCAGUGAAGUUGCUUUUCAUGAGACACAGGAAGCAGAACCUGGACUUCUAGGGAAUUAAAAAUCAGAACAAAUUUUAGAUACAUCUUAGUUUCAUAUGCAACAUUUUUCACAGAUGCUUCUGAAAGGUGAAGCAGUCUCCGGCUGCACGGUUAGCAUUAGGCUGGUUUUGUCUCAACUGCAUCUAAAAUUUUUGUUUUUAAAUAUCUUUCAUAUACUCCUUUCAUUUGACAGAAUGGUAGAUUUGUAUUUAGUUUAAAAGCUGCUGCACCACAUUCAUAUCACACAUAACUAUUGACUUUAGUGAAGUUACAUCAGAGAUGAAUCGGUCCCUGUGUGCUUGAGACCAAGUGAGGAAGAAAUAAUUUUACACUCUAUUACCUUGUUUUGUCAGGAGUUCACUUAACUUCAUUUGGUAUGUAGUUGACAUGAGGCAUAGUGCUUGUUUUCAGGAACUGUCAGCACUAUUACACAGCAGACUUCAUAGUCAGAUCAUUUUCAUAGCUACAUUUGAAAGUUAGUCCUUGUGCUUCGCUGUCCUUGUUUGAGUUUUCAUAAUACUUUACAGAAUAGUAAAUACUGACCAGGACAAUUGCACAAACAAAUGUGACAAAGAGAGCAUAGAUGUAAACAUUAUUUGUAUUUUCAUAAAAAUAUUAAGUCUGCUAUGAAACUUCCAUGAAUUUAAGUGGUUAAAUGAAUUCACUUUAAUUUCAAAUUUGUAUCUGGGGCUUUACAUUCUAUUUUUUAUUAGGUUAUCUGACUCAUUUUCAGAUCCAGCUGGGUGAGGGUUUAUAACUUGUUUAAUUACUGGAUGGAAUUCACUUGGCAUUUUUGAGUCCCACAGGGAAGCAUUUUCACAUGCAUAGCUUUUCAGAAAGUGACAUAAUUUAUGUAGCUCAUCCAAUAUUCUCAUACUGAAAAAGAAAAGACUUAAAUUAUUGGAGGUUAAGGUUGUAGUGUAUUGCUAUUUUAAAAUAGUUUCAAAAGGAGAAAACGUGCAAAUUGUUAAUCUUCUAAUUCAAAUCCAGUGACAAUUUUGUUAAUAUGGAGAGUUCCUUUCUAGGGGAGGUAAAAAGAGGAUGAUAGCUUUGUGCUAUCAAAUUCUGCAUUUACAUGUGGGUAUUUCUUCACUCCCCAUUUUAUAGUCUUAAUUUACUAGUGCAUGUUUUGAACUUUAGGGUCCUGAUUGUUCAGUAGAAUUUCAGACUUAUACCUUCCUUUGGUACUUGGCUUCCAUUACUGUAGUAUCUGAGCACCUCACAAUCUUUAAUAUCCUUACACCACCUUUGUGAGAUAGGGAAAUAAUCCAUUUUACAGAUGGAGACUUCAGACCCAGAGAAAAUAAAUGACCUACCUAAUGUCAAGCUGGAGGAGCAAAGAAUCGAACCUGGGUCUCCCAACUCCCAGACCCUAACCAUGGCAUUAUCAUUUAAAAAAAAAAAAUAGCAGGAAGUUUCACAGGUAAGAUGCUCAUCUACUUGGAAAAUGACAAACAUAGGGCCCCAAUUAACAUCCUUCCUGUGAGAACACCACCAACUCAAUACCCAACAUUGAUAAGCAAAUAUCCCUUUCUGUAUGUGCAGACAGUCACACUAUCUGAUACACUGAACUUCCACAAGUCAAGAAAAGCUGAAGUGCUUCAACCAAGCAGUAUGCCACCAUCAGAGUUUGCAGGUUAAAGUCAGUGGGACUGGUGCUCCGAAGUGACUGAAGUGCUUUUGAGAAUCCAGCCCUCAGGAGACUGUUUGGGUUUAUGCGAUUAGCUUUAAGCUUUCAUUUUUGAACAUUUUGGCCCGUGUCUCUAAAAGUUAAUAGUUUUGUUUAAUGUAUUGAAAGUCUGAAUUAAUUAUUGUUAACCCCCAUGGCCAUUUUGUUUUGGAAUUACAAAGACUUUGUCACCAAGAAGUUUAAUAAAAACUUUUAGACCUGGAUGCUGAAAACACUUUUGCGUGUGCAAAGAUCCAUUGAAAUCAGUCGGGCUGUUUAUGCAAGUAAAGUUACAUACCAGGUGAGGUGUUUGCAGGUUCAGGGCCUUAAUUUUCAAUAUUUUAUUUUUCACACUAAACAGUUUUGCAAAAUUCAGUAAACUACACUACAGUAGUGGCUUUUUAAAUAAAAACAGCACUUAUAAUUUAGUUAAAUAUAAAUUUUGAUCUAAAGAGGCAACAACACAUUUUCAAAUUAGUUUUACAAAACCUCAACCUGAUUUAAAUUAAAAAAAAAAAAUCAAAAAGGCUUCAAAAUCAAAAUCAAAACCUGUGCCAUAUGAAAAAUGAUGAACCCCACUUCUAUUGAAGUACAAGAGAUUGUAAAGGCCAUCACUGUUUCUAAUUUUAGAAACCGGGAGAUGAGUAGGAAUCUUCCCUUUUUAGGCAACUUUGUGAAACUAAGAUCUUCUGCAAACCCUUUCCCCAGUAAACUGCUGUUUAGAGUCAGAGCCAUCUGCAUGCUAGGAGAAGAACAGAAACUCUGCCUUUGUGUUUUCAGCAUAGAAUUAGUGCCUGUUCCCACUUGCUUGAUAUGCCUGUGGCUCCCAAGCUGUACACUGCACUCCUUUUCCAUACACAUUAAUGAACAGUGUGUCUCCAGAAAUCCAGCAGGUCUCUAGGGAACAACCAUCACAUGGCUGGAUUUAGGUUCCAGGCGCUAGUAUUGCUCAUAAAUGACCUCAGAGAAGCCAAUCAUGCUACAGUCUGGUAUUCACUUUAGAGAUUCUCCAGUUCUUUGUAUUAAUUGUUAGGUGAUUUAAAUUAGGUUUGACUGAGCACAGGUUAUAGCUCCUCAGCCUUAGUUAUAGGUAAUCAGAUUGCUGUACCAUCAAGUUUCAUAGGCUGCCUCCAACAAGAACAAUACUUUGUCCUUCAGAGGAAAGUGAAAAUCCCCCAUAGUGCGCCUAACCAGUUGUGCAGUACUGUACAUAGAAUCAUACAACUGGAAGGGAUCUUGAGAGGUCAUCUAGUCCAGUCCCCUGCACUCAUGGCAGGACUAAGUAUUAUCUAGACCAUUCCUGACAGGUGUUUGUCUAACCUGGUCUUAAAAAUCUCCAUCGAUGGAGAUUCCACAACCUCUCUGAGCAAUUUAUUCCAGUGCUGAACCAUCCUGACAGGAAGGUUUUCCUAAUGUCCAACCUAAACCGCCCUUGCUGCAAUUUAAGCCCAUUGUUUCUUGUCCUAUCCUCAGAGGUUAAGCAGAAUAACUUUUCUCCCUCCUUCUUGUAACAACUUUUUAUAUACUUGAAAACUGUUACCAUGUCCCUCGGCCGUUUCUUCUCCAGACUAAACAAACCCAAUUUUUUUUUCAAUCUUCCCUCAUAGGUCAUGUUUUUCUAGACCUUUUAUCAUUUUUGUUGCUCUUCUCUAGACUUUCUCCAAGUUGUCCACAUCUUUCCUGAAACGUGGUGCCCAGAACUGGACACACUACUGCUAUUGAGGCCUAAUCAGUGCGGAGUAGAGUGGAAGAAUUACUUCUUGUGUCCUGCUUACAACACUCAUAGAAUCAUAGAAUCAUAGAAUAUCAGGGUUGGAAGGGACCCCAGAAGGUCAUCUAGUCCAACCCCCUGCUCAAAGCAGGACCAAUUCCCAGUUAAAUCAUCCCAGCCAGGGCUUUGUCAAGCCUGACCUUAAAAACCUCUAAGGAAGGAGAUUCUACCACCACUCCUACUAAUACAUCCCAGAAUUAUGUUUACUUUUUUGGUAACAGUGUUACGCUGUUGACUCAUAUUUGGCUUGUUAUCCAGUGUGACCCCCAGAUCCCUUUCCACAGUACUCCUGCCUAGGCAGUCAUUUCCCAUUUUGUAUGUGUGCAACUGAUUGUUCCUUCCUAAGUGGAGUACUUUGCAUUUGUCCUUAUUAAAUUUCAUCUUCUUUUCUUCAGACCAUUUCUCCAGUUUGUCCAGAUCAUUUUGGAUUUUAAUCCUAUCCUCCAAAGCACUUGCAAUGCCCCCCAGUUUGGUAUCAGCCACAAACUUUUAAGUGUAGAGAGGGAGUGUUUCCUGACUCUUAUAGACUAUCCUUCUAUUGCAUGAGAUCCAGUUUCCCUUAGCUUAGUCUGCGUAGGUACAAAUAAUAAUUCUCACGUAAUCCCCUUUUUAAGCAUGAGCCUCAGUAACAUCACAGAUGCAUAAAUUAUGGUGCCUCUGUGUUUGUGCUCUGUGUACCUGGUCUGUGCUAGUACUUCACAGUGACCGUUUUGGAGAGACCUCCAUGUCAGCAGAUGGGCAAAUGCAGGAUGGUGGUGAAAUUAUGUCCGCAUAAUAUUUUUCUGAGAUGAAAGCUGUCUAAAUUUAAAAUCUAUUUUUUAUACACAUGUAUGCAGAAAGAUUUAACAAAAGAAACUAAAGGACAUGACCAGCUAGCAAAAUAAAAUAUGUGUAUAAUUAAGUAAUUACGUGAAAGAUAUUAUGCCAGAAAUGAUAUAAAAUGUGCAGUUACAUCAGUGCCAUGAAAUAGUUCAUUUGGAGUGGGGCGAAUGACAGUAAAGUUCUUUCUGCUGUAGAAUUUGUCUUGUAUACCAUAUACUCAUUCUUGUAAACUGACAUCUACUCUUUUCAUUUUGGAUUUAUGACAUUACAAAGAUGUCCAUCCAGAAGCUCUGGGUGUCCUCCACGCAUGUAGUGUGCAGACCCCAGUCAGCUCACUUCUGAACAAAAUCCAGGCACAGUCAAAUCCUAAAUAGCAAGCUAGUUCCCUAUUCCACCCCAGAGCCUCCCUAUCUGUACUCCAUUCCCUAAAUGCCAUUGCUUCCCAUGCAGUUCUGAACAUCCUUCUCUGUUAGUUUGCGCUUUGCCUUUGUGUGUUUUAGUGUCUACAUGCUUACUCUGCAAAAUUUUGAACUGUGAAACCCCUCUGGUGACAACUUUUGUGUGACUUGGAAAGAUAGACUUGUAGUUAAGACACUGGAAAGGGGCUCAGGAAAUCUACGUUAAUUUCCUGGCACCGUGUGACCUUUUUUUGCCCCCAAUAAAAGGGGGGUAAUUAAUUAAUGAUUGUGAAGUGUUCAGUUACUAUGAUUAUUAGGGUAAAGGGGGGUUUAUAUAAGACCCUAGAUAGACCUAGCACUUCUGUUCUCAGCUAAUCUGUUAUGUUUCCCUUGAUGAGCAAAUCUUUGUCAGUUAACCACAUGAGAGGUAGCUUAUACCAGUACUUGACUCAUUGGUGAUUUUUUUCCCACCUCUACUCUUAUUUCCUCAUCUGUAUGAUUUGAGGCCACCUCUCUUAUUGAACGUAGCUUGUUCCUUUUGACUUGACAAAUUCCCAGUUCGAUUUUGAAUUCUUUUGCUAUAAGGAAAUACUUGCUUCUCCCUCCUUUCUCCCCUUCCCCCCCGCCCCCCAGGGGACUUAAGAGUCUGUAUUUGUUGAGAGUAAAGUAUUACUUAAAUGUAAAUUAAGUUGUGGUCCACAUCUGCAUUAUUACAGGUUUCAGAGUAACAGCCGUGUUAGUCUGUAUUCGCAAAAAGAAAAGGAUGACUUGUGGCACCUUAAUUGGUUAGUCUCUAAGGUGCCACAGGUACUCCUUUUCUAUCUGCAUUAUUGUUUGUUUAAUGAUAGUGGCAAAUAGAAACGUUUCUGUAGAUGCGUAUUCAAGGUGUCUGUUAGUUUGGCCAUAAAAUCAGUAUUUAAUCAAAUAUUAAACCUCUUGAGUUUUGAAAUUGAAUUAAAACAUUUAAAUUAUAAUCAGUUGUGUGCUUGCAACCAGAUUUAACUUGGUGCCUCAGCCUGGGGCACUUUAUUAAUCUGUUUUGCUAAUUUAAGUGACUAAAUAUUUAGAGAAUCAAUUUAGACCAGACACUUUGUUAAAGUUUUCAUUGUCUUGGUCUGAGAAUUUGAAGAGCAAUGUCAGGAAUACUAAACAGGUGACAAAAUCUGAGCAGGUCUAGGAAGCUGCCACAGGGAUCUGUGACUUGCAAAGGGACAUUGAUAAGAAACUGUCUUGCACUGAUCUGACCUAUUAGCUGUAUUCAAUCAUCAGUUUCUAGUAUUCGUGCUGGUCAACACUUUAAAAAAAAAAGUUUGAUAGUUUUUGCUCUUUUAAAUAACUUUUUGAAAUUCCAAAGAGAUGCGUACUGUUGUCAUAUGAAACUUAAAAUCCUAGAUUUUGAUUCAACAAAAUAUUUGAAUAUACUGAUCAUUAACUGUGUUUACGUACUGUACUGCAUCUCAGUCUUUCCUUUUCGUUAAGGUGCCUAUUUGGUAUGAUGUGGGAGUGUGGCUCAGUGGUUAAAGUUGGGGAAGGGAAUCUGGAGUCCUGGAUUCUUUCACUUCUGUUUUUUUUACCCAUUUGUGAGAUGAGGAUGAUAAUUCCAGUUCAGAGGGAAAUGGAGACAAUUAAAUGAAUAUUUGAUAUCCUUAGAUGGAAUGGGUUAGAUAAGUGCAUAUAAUGCAAAGCCCAUAUAAAGAUGAGAUGAAUAUGUACAGAUAUAUCCAUACAUAUACUAGUUCUUAAAUAUUGCAAGUUUCACAUGAUACAAAGAGAAAACAUAUGCUUAAUCAAAAUAAGUCACUACUUUUACCAAAAUGAAAAACAAAAGUUUUCUUUUGGGGUUUCAGCUUUUUAAUGGAUCCAUGAAAAUAAAUAAUUAGAUGAAUGGAAGACCAAAUCUUUAGUUGGCAAGAGUAUAAAGAGAUUCAUCAGGGGAAGUAUAAAUAAACAUUUUGCUAGAGUGGCUUUAGUAUAUAGUGCUAGUGAUUUUCUUUGUGAAAUCUUUUGUUUGAAUAUGAUGUAAGGCUUUGAUCUUUAGCUGACUUUAAAAUUGCUAAUUUCAUAAGGUUGUGAAGGUACUACAAUGUGAAAAAUUAAUAGAUAUUUUCAUCACAUACUAUUACAAGUAUUUUGUUAAAAGACCUGUUAAAAUGUUUUCCGUAGCAAUUGUCAAGAAAGAAAUUGUCUAGUGCACAGGGAAAGAAAAAAUACAUAGAUUCAUGUUCUGAGCAAGCUAGCAGUCUAAGAAACAUUUAUUUUCCUGAUCUUGCCCAUUUGGUGGGAUAUGGUAUUUCUUGAAGAUAAAAUGCUGUAUCACUUAAGAAUCUUAGUCAGGCUCACUGAAAGAAAUGGCACAGUUGGUCCUUUCAGAUAACAGAAAGCAAUGUUGUCUUCAGCCUCAGUUCUGGUCUAUCUGGAAAGAUUUGCAAAAUAUAUGUCAUUCCAGAAUUCCAUAUUUAAAAAGAAUGCUGUACAACACAGCAUUCUGCAAGUUGCUGGGCUGAUAAGUUGCUCUCCAUGUAUUACCUUUGAAAUUCAGCUUCCAUCUUAACUCUGUUGGGUAAAAAUUGAGUAUUCAUCCUCCUUAUUCUGACAGUGAAUGCAGCAGGAUGGAAACUAGUUUGCAGUUUCUAACCUUGGGCUUCCGUCUGGCUCUUAAUACCGGUGAUGUUUUCUUUCUGCAUGGGUUUAGAAAUUUUAAAAGUAACUUAAAAAUAGAUUUUUCACAUGCUGUUAAACUACAAGCAUGAAUGACUUCUCAUGUAUGCCCAUUCAGGUUGCUUUGCUGAGGAAAAUACAGUAGAUAAAGCAUUAUUUUAAAGGCCUCUUGGUUUAUCUAUCUCCUCCCUUCAGGGUAGUAGUGGGCAAGGCAAACUUUAGUAUAUUCUGUGGAGAAUUGCCAUCUGGUAUCGGCUUAGUGGCUUCAUGUGGAAUUUCGUUUGGGUCUGAGUCCUGUUCCCAGUGAACAGGUGUUCACCUCACAAAAGCUGUCACAAUUGGCACUCUUUUUUAAAGUGUGAAGAGCAAGGCAAAGAAUAGAUUAAAUGUGUUUGUAAAGCAUUUUGCAUACCUUUUUAGGUGCUGGAAAAUAGUUAACGUAAAAAGGAGAAAAAGAGCCUUGAUGUGGAAAAAAACCAAAACCAAUGCAGUUUAGACAUUGAGGUGAAAAACACACAAGUGGAUUUUGGGAUCAGUCCAAUCCCUGCGUUUGAGACUUUUCUAAGGUGCAGUGUUUUGAUUGUGAAGCAGUAUAAAGGUUUUAGGUCAUGUCAACACUACCACUUAAUGUUGGUAAAAUUUAUUCCACUGAGGAGUGUGGGGAAAAAACCACCAUCCUGAGUGACGUAAGUUUCACCAACAUAAGUGGUAUUGUGCACAGUGCUAUGUCCGUGGGAGAGCUACCAAUGCUGCUUGUGGAGGUGGUUUUAUUAUGUCGACGGGAGAGCUCUCUCCCAUCGUCACAGAGCGGCUACAUGAGUGAUCUCACAGUAGCACAGCUGCACCAGUACAGCUGUUCCACUGUAAGCUCAUUAGUGUAGAUAUGGUCUUAGUUUCAGCCCUGGCUCUUUCGUUCUUAAUCUGUCCCUGGAUUUGUCCCAUUUUGUGUGCCGAAACGGGACAUUUGGUAUCUAAGGAGACAGCUGAAGAUUUGUUGUGGCUCUAAAUAUAUAUAUGUGUAUAUUUUGUGCCAAGUUGAAACUACUAAGAAAAAAAAAACAACAAAAAGAAAACCAACCUAAGAGUACUUUAACCUAUUAUUUCAAUCGGGAUUCCUGUAGCUGACUUUUCAACUAAGGCGAAUAAUAGGAAACCUUAAGAUUUUAGGCCAAGCUACAAAUAUUACUGAUUUUAAAAUAGUACAAAUAUUUUCAGAUGUUAAAUGGGAAUAGAAUAAAUUGAAGCAUGUAAAAUACUUGAUCCUAAGUCCUUAUGUAUUUCCAAAAGUGAAUUAUAUCUGCUACUGAGAGAACUCAGAAACAAAUGUAUCUUUCACACUGAGAUGCUCUGUGCUGCAGCAGUGUAAAGCAUCUCUUAGCCUGUUAACUUUUUUUUAUCAGUGCAUGUAUGCUGGGGGGGUUUUUUUAAAGAAAGAAACAAAACACAAAAGGAAACCAAAGCAACAAUAUAAAGCGUGGAGCUGCAGUAGGACAUGUAAUUUUAAGUAUGUUGAUACGGUUCUUCGAGAAUUCUCAGAACACUUGGAGCAUCCAUUACCAACAUUUUCCUUCCUGAGAAAACUGCAGAAAUUUCAAUCAUAGUUCCACUGGGUUACAUUUUUUGUUUGCUGUUUACUUUGGAUUAAUGUAAUCUUGAUACAUAUUACAAUUUAAAGGGCUAUUGAAACAUUUCAAACUACUGACAUGGCAACCUAGGAUUGUCUGUUCUCUUAAUAUACAGAUCAUGUAUUAAUAUAAAAUAACCAUACUGUUUGCCUGAAACCUAACUUGUAUAACACUGUUCUUUGAAGGGAUGCUAGGUUUGGUGCAAAAUAUAAUCACUUAUACAAGGUAGUUUUAAAGGAGAUAUUGUGACUUGGUAUUCCUUCUCUUCCAAAAGGAUAUUCAGAACUCAAUAGCCUGUUUGUCAAUCAGAGAUGUUUUAGCCAGAAGUUGUAUGGAUGGUGAUACUGGAAGGUUUUUUGCUUCAGAAUUUCUUGAUCUCUUUAAUGUAGUAUUCCAACAGAGCCUUGUUAAGAGUGUAGUUUUUAUUCUUAAAUGCACUUGCACACUUUAUUUCAAAGGUCUGAGUAGCUCAUAAAAUACAUUUAAAAAAUAAAUUACAGUUCAUUGUUUCAUUUUUGUCUUGGGUGACUUUGUGUGUGACUCUGGGCUGGUAAGUGUGUUUCUCUUCUCUUGCACGGUGGAUGUUUUCCCUCCUGUCUUUAAUGCCUUACUGGGAGACUAGUUUGUGUGUACUUGACCAAGGCAAGAAAACCUUGACCAAGCAAUUUGUGUUUAUACUCGUGAUGUAUGACAUUUUUGCCAAACUCAUCUUUAUAAUUUUCCUGUGGGAAACUUGAGCCCUAAAAGGAAAUGAACACUGCAAAAGGGCUGGCUACCACAAGGGAUUCACUUUUAUUUUUAGAAUUGUACUACUAUAUUGCCAUAUUUGGGUGGAAAAUAUGCAAUAUCACUGAAUUAUUGUAUCAUAUUGCAGCUGUCCACCCAUUCUUAAUUGGUCUCAAUCAACUUACAGUAAGUAGUCAAUGAAAUGUGUGAAAAAGAAUAUUUGUUCUGCAGAUGUGUUUAGCAAAUGCUAGUACCAAAUAACCCUUGUAUACUGUGUCUGAACGUAAUAUUUCUCAUUAGCAAAUAUUAGCUGUGAAAGCUGAGAUUUAUACUGGUCACUGAGAUCUUAGCAACAGGUGUAGUUUUUCUUACUAAAAACAUAGGUUUGGUCCAAGACAAAUCUAGGAAAUGUGCUUAACAUCAAAGACAAUGAAAAGCUAGAACUUAAUAUAUAGAAAAGAAACUUGGGAGUGCCACUGAAUUUGGACACUACAGGAUAAAUCUGGCAGUAGUUUAACAGGGCAUCCUGCUAACAAUGAAGAAUUAUUUUAUAUUAACACAGAAAUGUUUACUAUGCUGGGGUGUGUCUAAAAUGUGUAGGUCUGUCCAAAAUAACUUACCUUACCAGUGGCACAUAAUAGUAUUGAAGUCACUAGUCUGCCAGUUUUUCUGCUAGUAACCUUAUUUCACUCAUUUUAAAAGGCUGAAACUUGGCAUGAAAGUGGCUUUUUUCUUACAUGUUACAUGUGCAUUCCAACUACAUGCCACAUGUUCUGUGCAAAGUCUGAAUAGCAUAUAAAAAUCCCAUUGAUUGCUUUGGAUCUUUGCUUUACACUCUCAUACUUUCAUAGUAAUCUUUUUCAUGAAUUGUGUUACAAAAUCUUUGUAAAAGCAGUUGCACCUCUGUGGGAAGUAAUAUCAGUGUAAGGUAUGGAUCUGUUAUGAUGACCGUGAGAACCAAGGGAAUUCAUGUAUAUGGUCAUAUAGAAUUAUUAAGAAAUAUAACUUACUGUAAUUCGUAGCAACUAGUAAAUAGUCAGAAGUUCUUAGCCUGACUUUGGACAGUCACUUCCAGAGGUAAACUCAGGCUCUGAUGGACUUAAUAGUUUUAACACAGAAAUAAAAAAGAAUUUCUAAUGUAAAUGGCAACUAGGCCUUUUUGUAUGCAAAUAUGAAUGGAACUUAAGAGAACGAAUGAAAAACAAGAUAACCGAUCACGAACAUUAGGUUACCACAAAAUUCUGUGAUGUUUUUGCACUUGUCCACUGCAUUUAAAUUAUAGCUGAGGCUAAUAUUGUAGAAAACCUUUUUGUAUUAAAGAUGUUUUGAUAAACAUCAAACUGUUUGCACAAUAUAAAAAUGUAAUUUUAAAAUAUUCUCAAUAUUCUCUCCCUCCUCAACACUUUUCUGGGACAAAUCCCAUGAUAUGUGAAAUGACGCUAUUUCUAACGCUGCAUUCUUUUUCACUGAGGGAUUGAGUUUAAUUAAAUGUAAAAUACAAACAAGGUGAACAGAAAAUGGGAUACCCAGAAUGUGCAACAUGCAAAAUAUUCAACAAUAUACUACAAUUAUCUUUUUAAUAUUCACCCUAAGUUUAAGUAAAUUAUUUUGGAUAUGGUCUACAUAUUGAAUUGUUACACUUACUGCUUUGAAACAAAUUUUAUUUUACCUUUAGUUUAAAUGUUUUUCUUGAGAAAAAUAGGCUAUGAAAACUUUCCAUGAGGUGCGAAGUUGGAUAUUUUGGAGAUCUAUAUUAGCAGAAAAUUCCGGAUUUUACAAAACCAGAUUGGAAAGUGGUCUGAGUUUUAUUGUACUGAAAAUCAUUUGUCUUCCUUCCCUUUAUCACUUUAUAAAUUAAACCUGAAUUAUUCCAAGAGAUCAUGAAAUGAUGGGACAGCUAUUGUUCACAAUCUUUGGACCAAAGCGUUACAAAUUUAAGAAAGAACAGAUGCUUGUUGAUCCUUGAGGAACAUAAAGUUCUCACAGAGCUGAUGUAGCAGUCUCUUGAUAGGAAUAAGUGUACUGUUCUGGGCAGGCAUAUAAGAACUUCAUGUUUUGUCUGAUUUAAACAAAAACACCUGACCUUUGCAAAUGGUUACAAUAUGAUGGGCGCUUCUUCCUGACACUUCCAGUUUAUCCUGUGUGUUCUCUUUGCUCUUCAUGCCUUUCUGGGGAUAGUAUUGUAGAUCGUGGCAGUAUUCAGUAUAUUUGUUGCCACACUUAUUUCAGCAGGGAUCUGUGUGCUGUCAAGUUGCUGACUUGCUGACAUCUCUGAUACUUUUCUGCAAAUAAAACAGUUCUCUGUGUUGCUGACACCUCUUGCAACCUUUGUCCUAAGCUCUGACCACCUCUAUUGUUUGUGUACUGACUGUUUGUACUACAUCCUUGACUAUUUCUCUUGCCCAGUCAGAAGUGCUCUCAGGAUCAGAAGCGCUCUCAGGAUCAGACCUUUUCCAAAAAGCAGUUUCCAGGACAAAAAUAAUUUAAACAAACAUUUUCAUCAAGUAGUAGAAAGAGCAGCCAAUGAUGUGCAAGCAGGCUGCAGACUCCCCUAGGCUUUAAUACUAGCCAUAGAGACAGCUUUUUAUUAAACUCUAAGAAAAAUAAUCUUAAACAUAGUAUCUGGAAUUACAGAUAUAAAAAGUACAUUUUAAAAUGUGCAAAAAUUAAUGUAGAUUACGUCUCAUUAUUUUAAUUACCCUAUGCUUACCUUGUUUCAUUAUUUUAAUUACCCUAUGCAUUUGUGAGCUUGUUGUGCUUUAGCCCUUCAAGUGUUUUGCUUUGGUAAAGCUUUUAGAUUAUUUUGUAAGUUGAAUCCCUGGUGUAAUGAGUAUGUAAGAUAAUUUAACAAGUGAAUGAGCUUUCAGGAUCUGAAAUAAAGUCAACAGCCAAAAAAAA